CGAAUAGUGCCAACGUAGCCAGCAGCGCAAACAGCAGCACCAAGCGACGGCAGCCCACAUCCACGCCCCGCGCCCUCGACGCCUGCACGCGACUGCUCGAUCCUCUCCCGCGUAAUUCCUGGGGUGGGGUCCCUGCGACCGUCACCAUGGCCUCGCUCAAGCAAUUCAUUCGAAAUGUGCGAGCCGCGAAGACAAUCGCCGACGAGCGCGCUGUCGUGCAGAAGGAGAGUGCCGCCAUCCGUGCCAGCUUCAGGGAGGAGAGCCACGACUCCAACGUGAGGAGAAAUAAUGUUGCGAAGCUCUUGUACCUCUUCACUCUUGGCGAGAGGACGCACUUUGGACAGAUUGAGUGUCUGAAGCUGCUGGCAUCCCCGCGAUUCGCCGACAAGCGUCUGGGUUACCUGGGCACCAUGUUGCUGCUGGACGAGAACCAGGAGGUCUUGACACUGGUCACCAAUUCUUUGAAGAACGACCUGAACCAUCCCAACCAGUACACGGUCGGUCUCGCGCUCUGUACCCUUGGCAACAUCGCCUCCGUCGAGAUGGCCCGAGAUCUGUUCCCCGAAGUCGAGACGAUAAUAUCUAGCGCGAACCCCUACAUUCGCCGAAAAGCUGCCCUGUGCGCCAUGAGGAUAUGCAGAAAGGUCCCUGAUCUGCAGGAGCACUUUCUAGACAAGGCCAAAUUGCUGCUGCAAGACCGCAACCACGGCGUGUUGUUGUGCGGCAUCACGCUAGUCCACAACUUGUGCGAGGCAGACGAGGCAGAGGACGAUGAGAAUGGCGUCAGGGACAUUUUCAGGCCCCAAGUCCCCGCUCUGGUCAAGAUCCUGAAGGGUCUCUCCUCAUCAGGGUAUGCGCCCGAGCACGACGUAACAGGCAUCACGGAUCCUUUUGUCCAGUGCAAGCUCCUGCAGCUGCUGCGAGUCCUGGCGCGCGGCCACGUCCAGGUCAGCGAGCAGAUCAACGACAUCCUCGCCCAGGUCGCCACAAACACAGACUCAUCCAAGAACGUUGGAAACUCGAUCCUGUAUGAGGCCGUACUCACCAUCCUCGACAUUGAAGCAGACUCUGGCCUUCGAGUGCUCGGCGUGAACAUUCUUGGAAAGUUCCUCUCGAACCGAGACAACAACAUCAGAUACGUCGCACUCAACACCUUGAACAAAGUCGUUGCAGUCGAGCCGAACGCCGUUCAGCGCCACCGCAACACCAUUCUGGAUUGUCUGCGCGACCCUGACAUUAGCAUCCGCAGACGUGCGCUCGAUCUCAGCUUUACUCUAAUCAACGAGAGCAACGUGCGCGUGCUGAUCCGCGAAUUGCUUGCUUUCCUGGAAGUUGCUGACAACGAGUUCAAGCCUGUCAUGACAUCACAGAUUGGAGUCGCAGCCGAUAGGUUUGCGCCGAACAAGAGAUGGCACGUCGAUACCAUGCUGCGUGUACUGAAGCUUGCCGGCAGCUACGUCAAGGAGCAGAUCCUCUCAUCAUUCGUUCGAUUGAUCGCCACCACCACGGAUCUCCAAACGUACUCUGUACAAAAGCUCUACGCAGCGUUGAAGGAAGAUAUCACACAGGAGGGAUUGACUCUAGCAGGCUCUUGGGUCAUUGGCGAGUACGGCGACGCCCUUUUACGCGGUGGGCAAUAUGAAGAGGAGGAACUCGUCAAGGAAGUCAAGGAGAGCGACAUCGUCGAUCUGUUCGAGACGAUUCUGAGCAGCAGCUAUGCUGGCCUCAUUGUCCAGCAAUACAUCAUCACAGCCUCGAUGAAGCUGACAACACGACUCAGCGACGCCGGUCAGGUCGAGCGCCUCCGCAGACUGCUGCAAAGAUACGGCUCCAACCUUGAUGUCGAGACACAGCAGCGAGCGGUCGAGUACAGCAACAUGUUUGGACAUGACGCCAUCAGGAGAGGUGUACUUGAGAAGAUGCCACCCCCAGAGAUCCGCGAGGAGUCUCGCGUCCUCGGCGAAGCCACGAAGAAGCGACACUCCAAGGUCAUCAGCAAGAAGAAGGCUGCUCCGGCAGCGACAGAAGAUCUCCUUCUCGAUCUCAUGGGCGACUCUGCCGCACCGGAUACAAAUGGUGCAGCCAGUGGCUCUCAGCAGAACCAUGACCUUUUGGCGGACAUCCUCGGUGGAGGCGGAACAUCCACAACUUCACCACCCCCUCACACGACAUCGCCUACACCACAGUCGAACGUUGCAAACAUUAUGGAUCUAUUCAACAGCGGCUCACCAAGUUCAUCAGCACCUUCACAAUCGCAAGCACCAUCACAAGCAGCAUCGAUGGACUUGCUCGGUGGUCUGGGUGGCAUGUCAUCGCCACCACCCCAGACCUCAACCCCUCCAGUGGCCUCGGGACCGCCCGCACACCCAGUCUACAGCAAGAACGACCUCGCCAUCACUUUUCAGCUCAAGCGUGACGCCAACGCCGUCCAACUGCUUGCUCGAUUUCGGAACACAGGAGGCAUGGGACAACUGUCUGCAGUCAAUCUGCAGGCCGCUGUACCAAAGAGUCAAAAGCUGCAGCUGCAGCCUAUCAGUACCAGUGAGCUAGGUGCAGGACAAGAUGCGACACAACAAAUGCGAGUCACAUCUGUCAAUGGGACCCCACCGGCGAGACUCAGACUACGACUCAAGCUCAGUUACGCAAGCGGCGUAGGUCCAGUGCAAGAGCAGGUUGACUGGUCAGAGCCGACAUGAUUGCUGGUGCCGCGGAGUGAAAGAGAUGGUCGACAACAUAGACCAAUGGAACGAAUUCGAUGUCCGACUGACCUACUACAUCACCAUUUUGCAGAUGACCUAACAGUGUUGAAGCUCGAAGUGAGAAUAGGAUGCGGGUGGCGCGGAGAUUAAUGCACGGCUACAUUCCCGGCGAUACUUAAUUAGCUGCAGCAGUUCCCCGCACCCAAUAGGUAAUGGCGCAUAUGGUCAGGCACGCAGCCCACCCGACUGGCUUCCCUUUCAGUCCCCUUCGUGAGUACAGCCAAG